AUGCCGUCCGAAAAUCCCAGUACAACGGGACCGUGUCACCGCAACGUUGGCGGUGACGACAGUGAUGCAGUUGUCGUAUUCACACCAACACCGCUCCCCCCAUACAUGCACACCCACUACAGCAACGGAAGGGCGCAAUUUAGAGGCGCUGAGACCCAUUUGAGCAAAUUUAUGGAAGGGCGGCUCGUGUUUCCAGCCCGCGGCGUCCACGGUCCGUAUCACUCCAGUGCCCCUUUGAACAUUUACUGCGAGCAUCGGCAUCAUCAUGAGUUUACUAGAUUGGUGAUCGCGAGACCACUGCGCUGCCCUCCCAAUAAUCGUCCAGACAAACACUGCAUUCAUCACUAUGUGGCAUCAGCCGGAAGUCAAGGGACAGCAAUAAGCAGCCUCGCCUUCGUUCCGGCGUGCGCAGGUCUUGAAUCGGUGACAUAUGCCACUUGGACCAGCCAUAUUGUCAAAACAACCCCCGUUUGCUUCAAACUGGAGCCUUCCCUUCGGGUUGUCCACAUUGGGUCAAGUGUGGUGGUGGUGUCUGCAGCCGAUUACUGCAUUCACUCAAAUGUUGGUGACCAGCUGAGCUGA